AUGGAUAAGGGUUUCACUAGGGAGGAUUUUAGAGCUGAUCGAAAGCAAAGAUUUUUAGCGGAAAAAAUCCCCGAAAAGACGAUUUUCAAACGAUACGGCGAUGAAAAUGGAAUCGGCGCCGCAAUCCCCUACUACGGCUCUUACGGCGGCGGAUAUCCAGCCCGUUUUCAACCUCAAUUUUUCAAACCUCCGAUUAUUUUCACCAACCAAUCUAUCCGAUGCCACCAUCGAUUCAAUCCUGAUAUCGAGCCUGGGCUUUUUCCCGGGGCGAAAUUCUUCACUUCUAUAAGAGAGCCAUUCGAAGCCUUCAAGAGCAAUUUUAACUACCACUACGGAAGAUUUUUCAACGAGAAAAAUUUGGAGCGACGGGAGCGCUGGUGCACUGUUGGCUGCUGGGGCGAGCCGUUUCGCUCGAUCGUCGGUAAAUUGAACGUUUCAGCGGCUGAAUACCUCGAUGUCGUUGAGAAGAAAGGACUGCCAGCUGACGAGAAGACUCCUUGGUUAUUUCGAGCGAAGAAUUUUCAAGGCUUCGAGCUCGGAAUGGAUCACAACAACUUCGACAUCAAAUACAUUUAUGAUGAGAUUCUGAGACUCGAUGACAUUUUCGACCUCGUCAUGGUUCAAGAGUAUUUCUUCGAAUCCCUUGUUCUUCUUGCUGAAGAACUUUGCACAAGUUUCAAAACACUGUAUGCUUCGACAGAUAGGAUGGUCUCAAUGCCAAGAUUGAAGGAAAAGAACUCGAAUGCGAAAUUCACGGACCAACAAAUGAAAACCUUUCGAAAAGACAAUAUCCAAGAUUAUGCUAUUUAUGAAUUUUUCAAUAAAACUCUUUGGGAGAAGAUCGACAGAUAUGGACAUGAAAGAAUGAAAAAAGAUGUCGAGAAACUGAAAAUGAUCUACAAAGAAUGCGAUGAGGAUGAAUCAUUGUGUGGAAUAGAAAAAAGACGCGAGCCAAGUGGAAAAGCCGAAUUCGACCCUGGAACAAAGAAAGAACUGCUUCAGCUAAUGGCGGAGAAUGGUGGAGCUUGCGCGACGGGGGUCUUCCCUAAAUUACGAGCGGGGAACCAACAGGCUGCGACUAUGUGGACAGAGAGCUCACAUGAUUCCCGAGAAGCACGAAAGAAAAUUGUAUAG